UGAAAAGAGGGCCAUGUUUUCAGUUUCAUUAGCUUUAUAAAGAUAUUUAGAGAGGAGAAGAGAAAGAGGAGGAGAGGGGAAGGGGUGAGACGGGAGAAAAGAGAGUAGAGGGUCAAAUUGAUGAAUAGGGUAUUACACAGUGGACUGCACCACUUUGGCUAUAAAAGGGGUGCAGAGCUUCCCAGUUUGUGUUACUAAGCCCAGAUGUUGUGAAUUUAAGCAUUUGCAGUGUUAGUGUUGGGAGAUCAUUUUCUAAGCUCUUAGACGGUGUUGGAAAUGGACCAUUGUUUUAGACUCUCCCAGUGGAAAACAAAGAGACUAUGUUUUGAUCACUGUCCUGUUACCACCUUGUCCUCUCUGUCCUCUUUCUUCUCUGUGCAUUCCCUAACGCUCUCUUGAAAAGGCAGUGUGAGGGAGAAAAGGAACGUUGAAGCAAGGAAAAAGUUUGACUCACAGAUGCUGGAUGUGACUGAAAAAGAACUUGGCGACUAUGAACACCACCAGUGAUCUAACGGUCAACAUCUCUUCCACCCUUUCUUUCACAAAAUCACCACUACUUUUCAACCUAUCCAGCCUGCCCACCUCCCUCUCUUCCUCCCCCCUGCCAUCAGAGCCUCACAACCCAUUGCUGACCAUCAUGGUGGUGUUAGGCCUCUCCCUGCUCCUGGCUGGCUGUGCUAUCUUCCUGGCCGUGUGUCGUGGGUCAUCAGCCCAGACAGAGGAGGACUCAGAUGGGGGUUGUAGUUCAGGCGAGUCCCUGGUCUGCGGGCCUUCUCUGUCAUCGGAGCCCCAGCUCAAGCUGUGGAAGCGACUGGGCUCUGUACAGCGGUCGUUCACCUCCUCAUUCAGACGACCGCCCCAGCGCAGGCCAGAGUGCAGCAUCCACUGCAACCCAACCAGACUGCAACCUGACCACAGCAGCUCACCCACCUUACCAUGCGCUGCCUGUUUGACUAUGUUACAGAGAUAUGACUACGCUCUGACUGUGAGAUGAAUGCAGGCCUGGUCAUGGAGAUGACCGCUUUGACUGUAACUUGACCAAAGCACUCAGACUUGACCACAGUCCUGCAUGUCCAUGGAUGUACUGCUAACUAAACAAUGACACUAACUUCUGAUCAAACCCUGACUUCAAGAUAACCACAUGGACUGGUGGAGUAAAGGUUAUUUGGGCCAUGUUGUUAAUGACAAGAGAAGCAGGUGCAAGCCCAAGGUUCUUCCAAAAGGGAUAACAGCCUAAGUGGAUGAUGUGAAUUGUUUCGUACAUUUUGAUUGUUGUAUUAGCUACAAUCUUAUUAAAAAAGGGUUCCAAAAGUGUUAUUCGAUUGUUCCUAGGUAGAAACUUUUUGGGUUCCAAGUAGAACGUUCUGUGGAAAGGGUUCUACCUGGAACAAAAGAGGGUUUUACAUGGAACC